AUUCACACUUUUCUUGUAGUGUUGUAAAUCUUUUCAGUUACUAAUGAUAUCUCAAUUUUUCAAAUGAACUCUCUCCUUAAGGACUAAAAUAGUUAUUAUCCCUUCUUUGUUUUAUAAUAAUUUAACAAUGGAAAAAACUUUUUAAAAAGAGUUUAAUUGUCUUUAACUUGCCCUCAUAAUAAGUUAUGAACUCAUAGGCUAAUUUCUUUUGUGAUCACACAAUCAACAUGAUGUUGUAGGUGAAAUGAUAACUGUUGAUUGAUUUUUUUACUAUAAACUAGAGUUGAACAACUUUUCAAAAUAAUUAUCAUUAGUUGAGUGACCUUAAUGUUACAAAACAGAGUUGAAUGACUUUUCUAUUAUAAAAUAAAAUUGAGUAACUUUUUGAGAAAAUUAUCAUUAGUUGAGUGACCUUUGUCUUACAAAAUAAAUUUCAGUGAGUUUGUGAGAUAAAAAAUUAUUACUUGAGAGAUCCUACCAAAAAUUAACUCUAUAUUAUAUAAAUAGAUACUAGGGCUCAAAUUAGGGGGGAAAAGUUUAUCAAAAUUGAGAUGUAUACUAAUACUCAAGAUUGUAAGAGUACCUCCCCUGCCAUGGCUGCCACCGGAGCUUCGACCGUAGAAUGGCCAACAAGAUGUAAAUUCCUUUUUCCGAUUGUAACCUCUACUUGUUUUUUUGUUUUCUUUUUUCAAUGAUUAUACACUACUACUACUACUUCAUAUUCGUAGAAUUGCAGGGGAUCUCCCAUUGGGAGUCUCAGGUUUGAAAUCUUCUUAUAUGCUUUCUCAUUAGGGAUUGUCUAGUAUGGUUUAUCUCUCCUAUAUGGUUUGUGGGCUAGUUUUACUCUGUGAACCCUAAGAAGAGUAGUGAUUGUGGGUUCCCUUGUCAUAAAUAAACAAGAAAAGGAAAUGAUGAUAGGUAGAGGGUGGACCCAUUAUUUGAUGAGUUUCUAACUUUGCGCCAUUGACCUCAGGGAUUUCUUGGCUAUAAAAAGGGUAAAAAAUAGUGAACAACAACAAUGACACAUAUGCUUUUAUUUUAUUGGACCACUAUCAAUUCUUUAUUCAUCGAAAGAGUACAACAACAUACUUAGUGGUCAUUUCGUUGGGAGGGAUAAGUUAUCUCACAUGUAUAUGGGAUAACUUAUCCCAUCACUAUAGUAUGGUGGGAUAAAUAAUCUCAUGACUACCUAAUACCUCCAACCAAAUGCAGGAUAAAAUAAUCCUACAUUUUAUCUAGGAUUAUCAUACUCUAUACCUCUCACCAAAUGACUCCUUAGUGUAAUCCUACUAGUGGUGUCUGGGGAGGGGCGUAGCCACAUACAAUGAGAGGUAGCUAGUUACCCUAUGUUGAAGAAUUAUACUGCAGAUGUAAAAAAUUAUACGAAGUAUAUAAGUUACAAAUUAUUUUUCGGGCGGAUAUGUUAAUUUUCGGCACCGAGGGUAGGAUGUAUGCCGUCCUUACCCUACCUUUGUGGGGUUGAUAAACCCUUGGCUAAAAAAAUGGUAUAGAUUUGUUAAAUUAAUUGUAAUUACAAUAUUAUCCAACAUAGAGUGCACUUAUGAAUGGUAAUCAAAAAAUUUAUGUUGGAGGGAGUUAAACUGUUUUAGUUAAGUACAUUUCAAGGGAAGUUAAAAUGUAUUAACAUACCUGAAAUAUUAAACACUCCCAAAAUUUGCCUGUAAUUUUGAUGAUGGAAGCAAUCAAGUUCUUUAAUAUUUGUGCUAUACUUAAUUUUGUUUUGUUUGUAGCACCAUUAGAUUCUACAGUUCAAACGGGAAAUGCAAAUGGAGGUGACUGGCAGGAAAAGGUUUACGAAAAGAUCAAGUCUAUGAAGGAAAUGUAUGUUCAAAAGCUCUAUCGUCUAUACCAGAAAAUUGCUUAUGAACUGCAACUGGACUCUCUUCAUCAGCGUCGUACAAAUGAGCAAAUUGAAAAGCUCAAGCUGUACAAGAUAGCAUUGGAACGCAUUUUGUGUUUCUUGGGGCUUAGCAAGCAUGAUAUUCAACCUGCUCACAAGGAGAAACUGCUUUCGGUUGAGAAGCUCAUAAAUUUCUUUUUUAGUCCCUCUCAGCAGCGAAAGCCUACUUCUUCUCCAGUGCAGGAGCGACUUCCUCAGUCUUCCAUGCUGCUUCAGCAACCACAAUCACUUGAUGGUCAAACUAAUCCAUCGAUGCAACCCGUACACGGCCCGUGGAAGCACUUUUCGAUUCUACAAUUCCGACGGGAAAUGCAAAUGGGGUUGAUUGGCACUUGGCAGGAAGAGGUUUACCAGAAGAUCAAGUCUAUGAAGGAAAUGUAUUAUUCAAAGCUCUAUCAUCUAUACCAGAAAAUUGCUUAUGAACUGCAACAGCAGAACUCUCUUCAUCAGUGUCGUACAAAUGAGCAAAUUGAAAAGCUCAAGAUGUGCAAGAUAACGUUGGAACGCAUUAUGCUUUACUUGCAGCUUAACAAGCAUUAUAUUCAACUUGCUCACAAGGAGAAACUGCUUUCGGUUGAGAAGCACAUAAAUUUCUUUCUUAGUCCCUAUCAGCCACCAAAGCCUACUUCUUCUCCAGUGCAGGAGCAACUUCCUCAGUCUUACAUGCAGCUUCAGCUACCACAAUCACUUGAUGGUCAAACUAAUCCAUCGAUGCAACCCGUACAGGCAAACCUCGGUACCCUACAGCAAAAUUCAAACGCCCUGCAACAGUCAUUUCCUAAGAAGUGCAAGCAGCAAACUGUUGCAGAACCAGCAAUUAAGAGAGCAGUCCCACCAUCGGCAGAUGCAGCAGCAACUUUUUAAAAGACAGAAGUUAAUGCAACAGCAGCAAGCGAAGCAACAGUAGACCAUGCUAUUGCCAACCCACCAGAUGUCACAGCUUCAACAGUCUUCGAUCCAGCUUCAGCAACCACAAUCCCUUGAUGGUCGAAACUAAUCCACAGAUGCAACAAAACAAUAUUAUUGACUUGCAACAUGAUUGUUUGGAUAAUUCAAUUGCUUAUAACUCGUGCACUUGUUAACUCAUGCACCCUUCCCUAGAUUAUGUGAAGUAUUGCAAUUAUUAUGAUAAAUUACUUAAAUUU